AUGAGUGACCAGCAGGAAAGGGAGACGGAAGAGGAUGAAGGAGGCGCUUCAGACACAGCACCCAUGCUACCCCGGAGAAGGCCUACUGACUACCAUGUCCCAGUCCUGCUAUGCCCACGGUGGCCUAUGCAGGCCACACAAGACCUCAGGACUCUGUUGCUGCCUGGCCGGGCCCUGGUUGGGUUCCUGUUCCAUCUGCUGCUACCUGGGACAGUCUUCUUGCUGGUGUUGCUGCCAGCUGCUGCCAUUGUCUACCUGGGAUUCCUGUGCCACUCGAGGGUUCAUCCAGCCCCGGGUCCACGAUGCAGAGCACUGCUCUCGGACCGCGGCUCUGCAACGCUCAUUGUAUUCGGAUUCCUCUCCCUGCCGCCGCUUCUGGUGCUGGCCUCGGCCGCCCGCUCCCUCCUGGUCCGGCGACUGCGCCCUGUGCUGCCGACCACGGCGGGGACCCCCGAGCCGCACUGCCAGCCGAGAUGCAGCGAAGAGGGACUGUCGGGCGCCCGCCCUGACGAAGAGAAACAACAACUUUGUGCCUGUGUCUGA